AUGGCCAAAAACAAACUUUUGCCAAAACGAGUUGAUUGGAAUGGUAAUGAACACCUGAGAAAUUAUAGAGAAUUGGAAGCCAUAAACAGGCACAUAAGGCCGGAUCACUUGCUUCAGAUAUGUCAGACUAUUUUGCCGCUAGUCGGCCAACAGUUGAAUUCAAAUUUAAAAGGUCUCAAAUCUUUGCUUGGGGCCGGACAGUUUUCAAUAUUAAAUUCUGAGCAAAAGUCCAAACACACAACAUGGAAAAAUGUUGCCUACUCCACGAUGAGGAAUGGUUGUCCACUAAAGCCCCCUCACAAUCUUCUGCAAGGCCCACCUCUUCCUGUGUUAUUAUCAAGUCGAGAAACUAUGGGAUGCAUUCGGAUGGAUCUGCUGAUGUCUUCACAUAUGUACAACCAGAUGACACUACAAUUCAGACUGCUAGGACAUUUGUCGUCUGUUUACUGUGUACUUUUCGACAGGACUGGACAUUAUAUAUUCACCGGUUCAGACGACCACCUCGUAAAAGUAUGGAGCGCCAUUAGUGGCCGACUACUGUGCACGUUCAGGGGCCAUGCGGCUGAAAUUAACGACAUGGUGGUCAGCUACGACAACCAGCUGCUAGCCGUUGGCAGCUGCGACAAGCUGAUCAGGAUAUGGAGCUUGAAGAAUUCUGCUCCUGUCGCUAUUCUGCAUGGACACACGCAUGUUGUCACUGCAUUGAAGUUCUCGCCCUACAUGAAAGGCUCCAACCAGUACCUAGCUUCAACGGGCGGCGAUGGGUGUUUAUGCAUCUGGGAGUACUGCACCACCAAUAACGUCUUCAACUUGAAACCGAUUAAGUUUGUGGAAAGGUCAAGAGCCGGUGCGCAAAUGUUAUGUUUGUCGUUCAGCCCUGGUGGGGUAUUCCUGGCCACAGGAAGCUCUGAUCACGUGGUCAGAGUGUACAGCAUAAGUGGAAGAGUGCCUGAAAAGAUCUGUGAAUUAGAAUCGCAUAAUGACCGCAUUGACAGUGUACAGUACUCAAACACGGAUACGCGGUUCGUGACUGGGAGUAAGGAUGGAUUCGCUAGGAUUUGGAGGUACGAACGACAGGAAUGGAAAGCCAUUGUUCUCAAUAUGGCGGCUACUGUUACGAGCUACGACAACAGCAAUAGCAACAAGGGCGGGAACGACUCAUUUGACUCGAACGCUUCAUCGUCAGGGUCGUCCCACAAAUGCGUUUCUAUGGUGACGUGGAGUCUAGACGACGCUUUCGUUGUCACUUCCGUCAGCGACUACUCCAUCAAAGUGUGGAAUUCAUUCACCGGUCAUCUGGUGCAUACGCUGAAGGGCCACAUAAAGGAAGUAUUCGUGUUGGAACCGAAUCCAGUGGACAGGCGAGUGAUGCUGAGUGCCGGACACGAUGGCUACAUUCAUUUCUGGGACCUCAUCACUGGCACCAAGUUGAGGACGUUCGUGAAUACCAUUGAAGGGCAGGACUACGGGUCGGUGUACGAUUGUAAGUGGUCGCCAGACGGCCAGAACAUUGUGGCCACAGACUCGCACGGCUAUCUGUCAUAUUACGGAUAUGGGUCUGGAGAUAAAUACAAAGUGCUGCCAGAAGAGAUGUACUUCCACACAGAUUAUCGCCCACUGAUGCGUGACGCAAACAAUUACGUCAUCGACGAGCAGACCCAGAUGGCCCCCCACCUUCUCCCUCCUCCCUUCCUGGUCGACAUUGACGGGAAUCCCCACCCGGCCAAGUACCAGAGACUGGUUCCGGGGAGAGAGACGUGCAACGACAUGCAGCUCAUUCCACUUGUCGUCGUCGCUCCGAACGGCAAUCGUGAGGUCAUCGAUGAUAUCAAUGGAGAUUUGAGGGGCGAACCUGUGGCCGAUGGUCUUGCGUUGUUAGGUGGAGGAGGAGGAGGAGUUGAAAAUCAAGCAGCCAAUGAGAAUGCAGCCGAACGACCAAUUAUUGAUGAGAUGAUUGCACGAAUGCAGAAUCAACAAGAUAACCAACGAAUAGCAGAAGGGGAAGGAUCUUCCGGCUCUGGCAGCAGAGGUGAAUCUGGCAGGCAGCCUUCAUCAUCCUCAUCAUCGAAUCAAACUGCAGCCAGGAGCUCGUUUGCAGCCAAUCAGGUUGAAGAUGAAAAUUCAAACCCCUCUCGCCUCCAAUCAAGACAGCCUCCUCCUGCUGCUCAGGACGACGAACCAGCCAACCAGAACUAUCAACCAGUCAAUAUGUGCAUCUGGUCGCAGAGAGAUCUUGUGAAGCAAAUUGACAGCGCCACUCUCAAAACUUUUUUUGAGAGCAAGCAAGUUCAAGCCGAUGAAGAGAAAUUAAAGUACGUUGGCGAGAAGAAGAAGAAGUCACUGCAGGCCAUCAUCCAACAUUACGAAGAUUCGAACGACUCGACGAGUUUCGCCAAGACAAGGACCAUGAAACAGAAAAGAGCCAAGAUGCUCUCUAUGGGUCGAAACGAAGAAAAGGGCCGAAACAGGCUUGAAAAAAGGGCCCUGUAUGAUACUGACGAAACAGACAGGGAAGAAUCGGUUUUUGACGAUGAGGAAGAUGAAAUGCCGUUAGACGUGGUCGAUGACGACGACGACGAUGACGUCAGAGCUGGACCUAGCUACAGCGGCCCAGUUCGUAGCGGCAGAAGUGGUGGUACUAGUGGCACUGGAGGUAGUAGUGGUCGACAGUGGACUUACAAGGAGUUGCCUUCUUUUAGUUCAUCGAAGGCGCAGGAUUCUGAAAGCGAAUCAACCGAGUAUUCUGAUUGGUCGCCUGAUGGUCGGACCUUCCAGCCACCCACCACGAGCAGCCAAUCAGGAAAGACCACCCGAGUGUCAAAUAGAAACGCCGCUGCUAAGAAUAAAUGGAAAAAGUUUUUUGGAAAUUCCGAUGAGGAAAACCACAAUAACGAAAACAAAACUAAAUCUGGCAAAUCAGGUAAAGGAAAAGCGAAACGAAAAAAUAUUUCAAUUUCAGACGACGACGACGACGAUGAGGAUACGGAAGUUGAAUCGGAAAAACCCAAAGUAAACGGGGAAAUCCAGAAUGACGUGACAGUUACUAAAAAUAAAACAGCUUCCAAAAACAAAUCAACGAAGAGAGCAAGGAAAAAAUUUUUAUCAUUUGAUAGUGAUGAUGGCACGGCUGCAGUAGCUGCUGAUGAUAAUGAUGUAGGAAAUGAUGGUGGUGAUGAUACUGACGAAGACGAUGAUAAUGAUGAGGCUGAUAGAGAUGUUGAUAUUAAUGUAAACAAUGGCGUGAGAAGUUCUGAGAGGCGGAGAGCCAGAUUGGCCAGUUCUACUGAACAGCCCGUGCUCAACCACCUGACCAAUGAGAUUAUAGAACUGCCACCUGAAUUCCGACCACCUGAUUGGCUGACUAGCAGUGUGCCCCACAAGUCGCCCUACUUUCCACAAAUGGGAGACGAGGUCAUCUACUUUCUUCAAGGUCACCAGCAGUACGUCGAGGCUGUUAGAUCGACCGGGGUGUAUCAGAUUGAUUCGGUCAAGAAUGCUUACCCUUGGGUUAAGUUGCCCUAUUUAAGGGAGCAGGAGUUGAUGAAAGUGAUCGGCAUAAAAUAUGAAAUUAAACCUCCAAGACUCGUCUGCCUGAAGUUUAGAUGUUUGAUAGAUGAGUCGUGGUGGCACGGGACGAUUCAGCAGCAUGAACCACUACAUGAACAUUACCCCGAUUCUAUGUUCCAAUGCUACGUCGUCCAAUGGGACAAUGGUGAGAAGGAGAGAUUGAGUCCCUGGGAUCUUGAGCCUGUUGAUAAUGAGAGACUACCGCAGUCGCCCUCUGGAAACGUUCCAGUAACGUUCGCCGAACUUUCCCUAAUGAGGUACAACUACAAACCGCAAGACUGGCCGUCUCAGGGAUGUGACGUGGAGUGCGAGCGGAUCAUUCGUGGCCUGGAACGAAUUAUGGAGCUUUCAAUAGCCGAGCCAUUCCUCGUUCCGGUCGAUCUCAAUGCUUUUCCGUCAUAUGCAGUGGUUAUUGAGUACCCGAUAGACCUCUCCCUAAUAAAGGAGCGUCUGAUGAACAGAUUCUACAGACGACUUGCAUCCGUCCAGUAUGACGCGCGUCACAUCGAGAUGAAUGCCAGGUCAUUCAACGAACCCAACAGUCAGAUCGUCAAGAGUGCAAAGGUCAUCACGGAGUUGUGCCUCGCCAUGAUCAGUGAUCCCAUGUGCUACGACCCCAUGCCCCUAUACAAUCAGCUGACCCAAAGGUCAAGGGUCAAAUUGGGUGGUGGGUUUAGUGCAAGUAGUAAUCAUUAUCAGGAUCACAUGUCCAUCGCUGGUGCUGAUGAUGAUGACGAGGAUGCUACUAAGGCUAUAGAAGCCAGACGGAAGGCUCGAAACAACAAGAUAUCUGAGCGCCUGCGCAAAAACAGUCGCAACAGCAGCAGCUGCAACGACAACAACGGCAAGAAAUGCUGGAUCGUUGAAUGUGAGAAGCUGUUGGAUGUCAUCUGUAAGUCACCUGACUCUGCUCCAUUUCAUCAUCCUGUCGACAUAAACGAAUUUCCGGAUUACCUCCAUGUCGUGACCCAACCUAUUGACCUCACGGUCAUUCGGCAAAAUCUUCAAACGAGUUUCUACGACGACCACAACGCAUUCGUCAGAGACAUCUACGUGAUGACCAUGAGACUGUCCUCGAUGUUCGAGGAACAGCUGAAGAUGACCCUGAAGAGGAUGAGAGAGAAGAUGAAAAAGGAGGGAGGGGGAUCCAAGAUGGCCGCUCAUCUCAAAUCGUUCAGCAUAUCGAAACGGAACAUGGUUUCUACGUCGACAACAACGACAUCAACAUCACGUGAUCAACAGCUCAACAACAACAUUCCUCUUAGUGAUACUUACAAUAACAACAACAAAAACACUAGCGGUAAAAGGCGGCGCAUCGAUUCAGAUGACGACUCACACUCCAGAUUAAACGGAUGUGACGUCAUUGUCCGGCCGUCAAAGAGAACCAAUAGCGUUCAAGAUCAGCCCGGGAAAGCCCCGAAGGAUAAAAAUAAGAAGAAAGAAAAAAGCAGUAAUAAUAAGAACAUCGAUGAAGAUGAUCAUCGCUAUGAUGAUUAUGACGACGAUGAUGACGACGAUGACGAAUUUGCGGAUAAUGAUAAACUUGAUGAUGACGACGACGAUGAUGACGACGACGACGAUGAGGAUUAUGAUUACAAGUACAAAAAGAAAACGCAACCUCGCAAAGGUAAAAAGCGAAAGCGAGGAGAUGAUUACGACGAGGAUAAUGAUGAUGAGGAUAAUGAUGACGACGACGAGAAUGAUGAUGAUGAUGAUGACGGCGAUGAUGAUGAUGAUGAUGGCGAUGAUGAGGAUUUUAGUCUUUCUCGCUAUCGCAAAUCCCGCCGGAAAAAGCAUAAGAAGACGAAGAAGCACAGAAAGUAUAAGAAGAGAAAGAAAGAUGACGACGGUGAUGGUGAUGAUGUUGAUGUUGGUUGCUAUGGCAAGAUGAAAGCGAGGAAAGUAAAAGCCGGCAAAAUAAAAAAAAAGCAACAGCAACGACAACAGCCAUCAAACAACAUCAGCAUAGCAGCAACAACAUCUCAGCAACAUCGUCAGCAACAGCAGCAGCAGCACGAAAGAUACAGCACGAGAGUAUCAACUGGAAGCAUACUACGGCGAAGAUACGACAGGGAAUUAGAUGAUGACGUCACAUCAGACGCUACCACAGCCACUACUACUACCGUCAGUGUCGCUGCGGCUGCUGCUAGUAGUGGUAGAAGUAGUAACAAUAGUAACUUCAAGAAAAGUGGUAGUAGUGACAGGACGAAACAUUCCAGCACAACGCAUAAACAACAACAGCAGCAAUCAACUUCCGCCAAACCUUAUCUACGCAACAACAACAACAUUAAUAAUAAUUUAUAUAAUAAUAGAAAUAAUAAUAAUUAUAAUAGUACCAGUUAUCAUAAUAAUAAUAAUAACAAUAAUUACGACGACGAUACCAACCACUCGACGGCCUCCACGACGACACACAGCCACAUGAACGCAACAGUAGCAGCCACCACAGGCAAAUACAAACGAUUAAAUAUUAUCUUGAAACGAAACGGGACAAGUGAUUACAACGCGGGAACAUUGAGCUCAAAACAACAUCUUACAACAACACACUCUCAGCAACAACAAUCAUCAUCGUCGUCAGCAUCAUCAUCUCACGCCCAUUCACCUUCAUCAACUGAUAACGACGAUGACGAUGAUGUUGAUUACGUCACUCGAGUUAAAAACGUCCCCAAGAGCGACAGGUACAACGACGACGACGAUGAAGAGGAUGAAGAUGAAGGUGACGAGGAUGAAGAAGAUGAUGAGGAAGAUGAUGGCGACGGCGGAUCUUCAGGAACGGAAACCUACUCGAACAGAUCAGGACCUUCGAUGAAAAGAUCCGGACAAACAUUCCGAGCAGUCAGGAAGACGAGACGUGUCGCCAAAAAAUCAUUCCCAAAAGUCCUGGCUAAAAAUAAUAGCAACUCGAAAUGGAAAAAGACGGACAGCGAAUCAGCGGCUGGCACGUACAGAACACGAAACCAGGGUAGACGAACAGUUGUCUACGCCGAAGAGGAAGAUGAGGAAGAGGAUGCUGCAGAGAAGAGCAUCCUUGUGGCCGUCAGUAGUCGGGGCAGACCUCACAAGCCUAAUGUGCGACUGAUCGACUGAUAAUUUUAUUUCAUCCAAUCAUCUUUGAUUGGUUGACUGAUCUUGAAUGGAUGGCUGAUCUAAUCAGUGAUUGGUCGACUGAUCUAAUUAUUUGCUGUAUGAAUUUUUCUCUCAUAUUAAGUUUAUAUUGCUCGCUCAUUUAACUGGCGGGUAUUUAUUAAAUCAAACGACGACUCAGUGUUUUGUCUUCACUGCCUUGGUUUACAGUUACUUUUGAGUUGAUUGAUUGAUCGAUCGAUUGAAUGAUCAAUUGAUUGGAAAAUUAUAUUAUUAUAUUAUUAAUUAUAAUUAUAUUUAAGUUAUUUUACUGAACAAAAAUAUUAUACCGGCCGGAUUGGUUCCACGCGGAAAUCACAGAUAAUCACCAUUUUAAUAAAAACUUCUUUCAGUUAGUUUUUAAA